CGCAUGUCGUACCCUUUAAAUGACGUCACACCCAGUGAACGCGAUACGCACCAAAUUUCUGGACAGUGGUCGGUCAUUGCGGUGAGAAAUAGUAACAAGAAGAGAAGACUGACACCGUUUCUGCUUAAGCAGACUUUGCUGCCGUCUCCAGCUGACCGGAAUAGUGGUUAUUCAAAGGAAGAGAGGGACAGAAUAGACCUUCAUCACAGGGGACACUUUGGCGUCACCUCUCAUUGUCCCAGCAGGACAGCCAAAACAUGGAGAACCCACCUCCAUACCCAGGCAAUGGCCCAACUGCUCCUGGUUACCCAGCCCAGGGCCCAACUGCUCCUGGUUACCCAGCGUAUCCUCAGCAGGGAUACCCUGUGAACAUGGAGCAACCUAACCCAGCUUACCCAAACUACCCUCCCGGACCAAUGGGACCUGGUGGUCCUUAUCCCGGACCAGGACAACCUCCUUAUGGGUAUGCUGGACAGCCUCAGUUUGGCUGGCAGGGUGGACCUCCUCCCGGGCCCAUGUAUGGGGAAGCUCCCAAAAACACAGUAUACGUGGUUGAAGACCGGAGAAGGGAUGACACAGCGGACACAUGUCUGACAGCCUGCUGGACAGCUCUGUGCUGCUGCUGUCUCUGGGACAUGCUGACAUAACGCCAUUCCCCUACUGAUUGACCCCCAUUACCCUCUUGCCCCUAUUUCUGUGCCUCGAAGCCCAUCGCCCUUUCUCCCAUCUGACUUAAACCUUGCACUUCCUCACAAACACCCCUCUGUUCCCUCCAGAAGUCUCGUAUGUCUGUAAAGCUAUAAAUUACUUCUAUAAAUGAAGUCUUCCCUCCCACGUGGAAGCUUCAUCCCAGUACUCUACCUUCAUGUGCAACCCUCCACACUGACUAACCUGUCCACGGUUACACAGUAGCAGUUUCUAACAGAGCUUGUAAACAUUACCAAAAUCUCAGGCUCCUUACUAAAAUUGUGCAACAACACACAAGCUACAGAUUUGCACACACAAUAUGGUAGAUGCCAAACAUACAGCAUACUAUGAUCUCAGGCUCAUCCUGCGUGAUUCACUUGGGCACUUUAUAAUGAUUGCCUCUGUAAUAUACUCCUUCCUGUCUUCAUAACCACAAAAGCUUUCCUUACUCCUCGCCUUCAGCUAUGCUAUCUGCAAAACUUCAAGGACUUUUACCCAGUAUGAUGAUACCCAAAGGCUGUGAGAACCCCGCUGCAGACAGGGCUGAUGCUUGAAAUGUUUCCCAUCUCAUUUGCACACAAGUCAUUUUAACAAAUGUACGUUUGUCCAUAGGCGAUAAGACAAUAAAUGGAAUGCUCUUAUUUUAUUAUUUUUUAACAGUGAUUUAUGUUUGAUUAAUGGCAACAGUUAACAGCCACAAUGUUUUUCUUCAUAUACAAAGAAAUGACUAUCAAUAUUAUUUUUAUUAUAUUAGCUUUUCAGCUUUAUUUCUCACUGAAACAAGAUGUUGUGAUUGCUAUACAGACUGAUCCAAAUUACCCAUACGAUGCCUUUUUGCUGUAGAUGAUUAAAAUAAUUUAUUGCCAUAACCAUAAAA